AUUACUUGCCGUAAAUAUGAAAUAAAAAUGUUCUAGGUGGUUUUAUUUUAUUAAAUUUACAUAACUAAUUAAAAAGGCAUAAAUAUAUAUGCUGUCAAAAGGAAAUAUUGUUAAUGGAUGCACUGCUUCUGGAAAUAUUUUCCUUUUGGCAUUAUAUGGAGGGAGCAUUCAGCGAGGAGUUUUUGACUUGAUAUAACAGAAAUCAUGUUCUGAAAUAAAAGACAGAAUUCAACAAAGAUGAAUCUGUGACAUUCACUUGACUCACUCUGACUAACAUAGAAUGGCCUGAAAACACAAACGGUAUUUUGACAGACUUUGCUGGAAAAGUCAAACGGACGAUUGAAAAACUUGCAGUCAUCCAUCUGGAUAAAAGCUGACUGCCCUUCUUUAUUCCGACCUGAAUAGCAAUGAAAACCCUGUCCAUAGUCUCCCAAAAAAAAAAAAAAAAAAAAAAUACAAAACAAUAAUGAAAAAUAGCUUUGCCGUUCAGCUGUUUUUCAAAUAUAAAAUAUCAGUCGAAUAUAAAACAAAAAGCUUGAACAUUUUAAAAAGCUCUUUAAGUGAUUUGAUGAUUUCAGACAAUAGUUUUAUACUGCAAAAAUAAUUUUUAUAAUCUUUGUUUUAUUUCCAGUAUUAGUUAUUUAACUUAUCUAUAAAACACCCUUAAAAUGAUUUAAAACAAUGUUUGAGAAACAAAACUGCAGGUCAGAUUUAUGCUGCAACAGUCGAAAACAAUUUGCAAAGGGGGUGUGAAUAAUGCAGUUCAACAUCUAUUUUCUGUUAAUCUAUUUAAGUUAAUAUAUUAUAACUAUAGUGUUUCUCAGGUAAAUUGAUCUUGUUUAAAAUGUCUCGUUAAGAUGUCUUUAAAGGAAAACUCUUGUAGACCCCUACUAAACAAAAUACGAAUAACAGUCAGUAAUUACACUCAUUUAAGUCUCAUCAGCCUUAUGUACAACAUAAUACAUUUCUCAGUUUCUUAUCAUGACACUCUUUAUGAUUCAUAAAAAUAAAAUAAAAAACACUUUUAAAAGACCCUUUUACAAAAAUUAUUCGAUGUUUGAGAGUCAGACUACAUUUGUUGGGCUGUCAGUUUGUUAUUGUGCGCAACCAACAAGGUAAAUGCAAUGGGAAGGUGUAGUCUGUUUUUGUAUUAUUUUGUGUGAUCCAGUCUCUCUCUUUCAUUACAUUAAUUCAGACCGCAAUCUCAUUCUCACCACUUAUCAAAUCAUUUAUAUUGCUGUGGUGCUGAAUAUCAGUGCAGAUGUUUAUUUGUUUAUUUAUUUAUUUUAUUAUUUAAGGACAGUUUUCAUACACAUGUUAUCAGAACAGAACAUCAUGAAAAUUAUUUGAUUCCAGUUUAUUUAUUUAUGGAACUGGUUUGGACUGUGGGUCAUAUCCUGAUUUUCCCUAUAUAUUCAUCCAGUUUCUUCUUAAAGGUCAUAAAAUAAAAUGUAAAGAAAAAAGCUACUGACACACCUCAUACACUACACUGAAAUGAGACGGGCUGCCUAUGUUUUAAUCUGGAUAGACUGGAUGGAGUCAUUAGCUCUGUCAGAUUGACUGAGAUUACUGUAGCUUUGAUUGUCUCUACAUGCUGUCAGCCAAAGUCAUUGACUUACAGAUGCACUUCAUCACACAUGGCGAGUGUCCUCAGGUUUCCUUACAACAUACUUUAACCUUGUGGCGAUUCCAAGUUUUAGCUUUCAGCUAUAAGUAAUAAUUUACUUUUGACAACUAGUUUUACAUCUAUGAAUUUGGCAGAUUCUUUUAUCCAAAACAAUUUACAGUGCAUUCAAGGUAUAGGUUUAUCACUAUGUGUGUUCCCUGGGAAAGUAGGAGCCAAAUCUGUCACCACUGGAGCUCCAGGAAUCACUGUCCUGAUUUAGGGCAUUUGCUUACUGUUUGGGGUGUAUUGGUAAAAGCUCAGGACUGUUAAGGGCUGUUGCUGCCGGCACGCUGCACGAGUGUUUGUAGCUUGCUAGCCUGCUUAGCAUUGUUUAUUCUUAUACGUACAUCGAUUUAUCCUUUGCCAUUUUACUGCGUGCUUCUGGUUUUUCUACUGUUUCAACUGCGUGCAUUUUGCCGCGUGCAUCUGUUUUUUUUCUCCUUUUUUUCUUUCCGCUUGUCUACAUCUCACGUCUCGACUACGUGCAUUCGUUUUCUCCAGUGUUUUACAUGGAUUAUUGCAUCAAUCUCGAACAUCUGCUGAUUAGGAACCCUAUCGAACCACAUCGAUCUCAAAGCCUUGCCAAUCAAAGACAACCAUAACAAAAACAACUACAAACAAUUGCGGUAAGUCAUGGCAUUUGCUCAUGUUAUUGCUUCCUGCAUUGCAUGCCACAUGUUUACUAUAGAUUCUUCUGUCAGCAGUGAGGGAUUUACAUGUGAUAAAUGUAAGGAAUUAGUCAGGCUGAUGGAGAAGGUUAAUGAGUUAGAGGCACACAUCCGAAAGCUAGUGGAGGUCAGUGAGAAAGAGAAGCCGGUAGAUACUCUUUCGGAUGCGGGUAGUACAGCGAGCAACACACACACUUUGGUUCCAGCUCUAGAGCCCCUGCAGCAGGGUGUUUGUGUGAUGUCUCGGUGGCAUACUCGCUCAGCAAAGCAACACCACUCUCCCGUUCCUGUUAGGGUUUCCAAUCGAUUCUCCCCACUCAGUGAUGCACCCACUGAGAAUCAUUUUGAAAGAGCCUUGGUCAUAGGUGACUCUAUUGUAAGGAACGUGGAAAUAGAGACUCCAGCCACUAUUGUUAAAUGCAUUUCUGGGGCUUGAGCAUCUGACAUCAGGUCAAAUUUACAAGUGCUGGCUAAUGCUAAACAUAGAUUUUAAAAAAUUGUUAUGUUAGCACUAAUGAUAAUGUUAAAGAGGUUUGCGAACUUGCAAAAAAGUUGUCGGACACUGUGAUAUGCUUUGUCCCCCUCCCUGCUCGUGAUGGUGAUGAGGUUUAUAGUAGAUUAGUGUCACUGAAUGGCUGGAUGUCUUAGUGGUGUCCGGAGAAUAGCAUAGGAUUUAUAAACAGUUGGAAGAGUUUUUGGGGUAGACCUGACCUGCUAAAGAGAGACUGACUCCAUCCUUCCAGGGAAGGUGCAGCUCCCCUCUAUAGUAAUUUGGCUCAUAAUCUUAAUAAUGAUAGUUUUGACUAACUGGUGCCCAGGUCAGGAAGCAGACAAACUGGCUAAUCCGAACAUCUGCUAGAUGCCUUGAGACGUCACACAGGUCACAUAAACUACAACACAUAGAGACUGUAUCACCUAUAUAUCAUAUAGAGACUGUGUCUGUUCCCCGAACAACCAAACACAAAACUCUCACUAAAUUAUUAGUAUUAGUAUAGAUUUAUUAUUAUAAAAUGUGAUUAAGGUCAAACUUGGAAGAAAAAAAAAAUGAAGAUAAACAUUGUAUAAAGUAGGGCUACUAAACAUUAGAUCUCUUUCUACCAAAACACUAAUUGUAAAUGAAAUUAUUACAGAUCAUAGUUUGGAUGUGCUCUGUUUGACUGAAACCUGGUUUAAACUGGAUUAAUAUAUUAGUUUAAAUGAAUCUACUCCCCCAGGUUGUUGUUAUAAAAAUGAGCCGUGUCUGAAGGGUUGAGGAGGAGGUGUUGCUACAAUUUACAGUGAUGUUUUUGGUGUUACUCAGAGGACAGGAAAUAAUUUUAAGUCUUUUGAACUAAUAAUGCUUAAUGUGACACCGUCAGAUAUAAAUAAAUAAAAAAUCUCUAUCGUCUUUUGCCUUGCUACAGUGUAUAGAUCACCCGGGCCAUACUCUGGUUUCCUUGGUGAAUUUGCAAAUUUUCUAUCUAGUAGUUACUGUGGAUAGAGCUUUAAUUUUUGGUGACUUCAACAUUCACAUAGAUAAUGAAAAUAGCACAUUGGGAUUAGCAUUUAUCAAUAUACUCAACUCUCUUAGGGUCAGAUAAAAUGUGACAGGACCAACUCAUCGCCAUAAUCAUACACUAGAUUUAAUUCUGUCAUAUGGAGUUGAUGUUGAUACUAUAGACAUUCUACCGCAGAACGAUAACAUCACAGAUCAUUACCUCGUCUCAUGUUUGCUGCAAUCAGCGAAUGUUACUCAAUCUACACCACGCUAUCAUUCAGGUAGAACUAUUCUUUCGACCACUAAAGAUAGCUUAAUUAAUAAUCUUCCAGAAUUGUCUCACAUACUCAGUAAGCCAAAAAGUGUAGAAGAACUUGAUAUAAUAACGUAUUAUAUAAAUACAGUUUUCUCUAGCACUCUUGAUAGUGUCAGCCCCCUUCCAUUAAAGAAAAUUAAGAAAAAAGACCUGCACCGUGGUACAAUGAUCACACUCAUGCUCUCAAGAGAGCAGCUCGGAAAAUGAAGCACAAGUGGAAGAAUAUAAAAUUAGAGGUAUUUCGAGGUGCAUGGAAGGAUAGUGUCUGUAGCUACAGACAGGCACUAAAAGCUGCCAGGUCAGCAUAUUUUAGCAAACUCAGAAAAUAACCACAACAAUCCUAAGUGUUUAUUCAGUACUGUGGCUAAAUUGGUUAUGAAUAAAGCGUCAACUGAACCAGAUAUUCCAUCGCAGCACAAUAGUAAUGACUUAUAAAAUUGAAAUAAUCAGAAAUAAAAUUUAAACUAUGCAAUCAACUGUCACAGUACCUCAGAAAACAGUGUCUCAUCAUUUUCCUCAGGAGCAGCUUCAAUCCUUCGUUGUCAUAGGUCAUGAAGAGUUAACAAAACUUAUCAAAAAAUCAAAAGCCACAAUAUGUAUGUUAGCUCCAAUACCAACUAGGCUCUUAAAAGAGGUAUUCCCUGUAUUCUCAGAACCUCUUCUUAAUAUUAUUAACUCCUCACUAUACUUAGGACAUGUCCCAAGAAACUUUAAAAUGGCAGUUAUCAAACUGCUUAUUAAAAAGCCACAACUUAAUCCUGGAGAAUUGGCUAAUUAUAGACUGAUUUAAAAUCUCCCAUUUAUGUCGAAAUACUAGAAAAGGUAGUGUCCUCCCAACUAUGUUCAUUUCUACAGAGAAAUGGUAUAUAUGAACAAUUUCAAUCAGGAUUUAGGCCACAUCACAGUACAGAGACUGCACUUAUCAGAGUUAUAAAUGACUUGCUCUUAUCAUCUGAUUGCAGCUGCAUUUCUCUUCUAGUGCUUUUAGAUCUUAGUGCUGCCUUCAACACGAUAGAUCACGACAUUCUCUUGAAUAGGCUGGAGAAUUAUGUUGGCAUUAGUGGACUUGCAUUAGCAUGGUUUAGGUCCUAUUGAUCAGACCAUUACCACUUUGUCUGUGUAAACGAGGAAUUGUCAAAUCAAACAAAAGUAUGGAGUGCCACAGGGAUCAGUUUCAGGGCCUCUGCUUUUCUCCUUAUGAUAUCUCCCAGGGGAAGCAUGUAUCAGGAAUCAUGGAAUAAGUUUCCACUGUUAUGCCGACGAUACCCAACUUUAUAUUUCUUCUAAACUCAACGGAAAUUCACAAUUCUCCAAAUUAGCAGAGUGUAUCAAUGAAAUCAUAGAUUGGAUGGCCAGAAAUUUCCUUCUACUCGAUUCCAACAAAACAGAGAUACUAAUUAUUAGAUCAAAAUCCUCUAAAAAUAAGCCGCUAAAAUAUAAUUUGACUCUUGAUAGAUGUACUUUUAUGUCAUCUUUUACAGUGAAGAAAUUAGGUGUUAUAUUUGAUACCAAUCUGUCCUCUGAAAAUUAAAUUUCCAAUGUUUGUAGAACAGCAUUCUUCCACCUCAGAAAUAUUUCUAAGUUAUGACACAUGCUCUCUGUUGCUGAUGCUGAAAAACUAAUUCAUGCGUUCAUGAACUCAAGACUAGAUUAUUGUAAUGCAUUACUGGGAGGAUGUCCAGCAAGUUCAAUAAAUAAACUUCAAUUGGUUCAAAAUGCAGCUGCCAGAGUGCUGACUAGAACCAAGAAAUAUGAUCAUAUUAGCCCCAUUUUAUUGUCGUUAAAUUUCUUAUUAAUUUUAAAAUUCUGUUAACUACAUACAAAGCUUUGAAUGGUCUAGCUCCACAGUACUUAAGUGACCUUCUGUCACGCUAUAUUCCAUCACGUUCAUUAUGAUCACAAAAUUCUGGCUUGUUAAUAAUUCCUAGAAUAUCAAAAUCCACAAAAGGAGGUAGAUCCUUUAAAUAUUUGUCUCCUAAACUAUGGAAUAGUCUCCCUAACACUGUUCGGGAUGCGGACACACUCACUCAGUUUAAGUCUAGACUAAAGACUCAUCUAUUUAGCCAUACAUACACCUAAUUUAUCCAUCAACUCACAAUUAGGCUGCUUUAGUUAGGUCUGCUAGAACCAGAAACAUCUAUCACAAUCUAUAACUCUGCAUACAAUUAAAUGGACUGGUAUAUCUACAUUAAUAUUAUUCUGUUUGUUUCCUUGUCUCAAUGAAUCCCGAGGUUACCAGAGCCGGCCAGAUCCAGUUCCGUUCCUGCUUGGUGUUGGACUCCACUGCUACGUGUCGCUGAGUGAUGACAAAAAACUACAGCCGGUGCUAAUCAGACAUCUCUUCAGUCUUUUACGAUGGGCUUCAGAGGAUGAACUGAUGCCAACUCCAACUGCAAGAUAUCGAAUACUUCAUAUGCCACUGCCUGAACCUUGGAUUUAGGAUGGACCCCACCGAACCUCACUGAAAUGACCUGCAGUGCCUCCAAAACCAGCACACCUCCAGAGUCCGGUGACAGAAGUCUCUAUUCCACUUGGUACUGGAACGUCACCCAUUAAACCCAGAAUGGAGGGCGGAGGAGUAGAAGGAGCCAUAGGAAAGGGCAGAGUGUCCAACCUCAUCAGCCGCUUUGAAGAGAACAGUCACACAGACAGUCGGAGGGAGGGUGCUCCUUUGAAGCAGGUCAGCAGAUCUCCUAACUGCAGCCGGGUGCACAAGAACUACCAGAAACAAGAGCAGCUGACAGAAUCCAACUCCACCACAAACAGCCCAUGUCAUGCUCUGAAAGCUCCUAAUGGGGUUCUAGCCCAAAUGAACAGAGAAGGUGACAGGGUUCAGGACCAGGAUGGAGUUACAGACACUUCAGUUCCUGUUCUGAGGAUAGACACGCAUGGACUGGUCAACGGAGAUGCAGCAGUGGACAGUAUGGACGGGAACUGUAUCGAUGUAUCUCACAGUCAUAUAGACAGGAGCGAGGAGAAUGAGCAGCAAUGUGUUGUGAUGAACAACAUUACAGAGCAGAAGGAAACAAAUGAAGAGAAGCUUUACAAGAUAGCAAAUGAGCUUCUACAGACAGAGAAGGCGUAUGUUGCACGACUCAACUUAUUAGAUAAAGUGUUCUGUGCCAAGCUGAUGGAAGAGGCCAGAAAAGACAUGUUCCCCAUCGAGGUGGUGAAAAACAUAUUUUCCAACAUCUCUUCCAUUAAUGCCUUCCACAGCCAGUUUCUUCUGCCUGACCUGGAGAAACGCAUGGGGGAAUGGAUGUCAACACCUCGCAUCGGGGACAUCCUACAGAAGCUCACUCCCUUCCUGAAGAUGUAUGCAGAGUAUGUGAGGAACUUCGAUCAUGCCAUGGAGCUGCUGAAACAAUGGACAGAUCGAUCACCUCAGUUCAAAGCUAUCAUUCUGGAAAUUCAGAGUCAAGAACAGUGCGGCAGUCUGACGCUGCAGCAUCACAUGUUGGAGCCGGUGCAGCGAGUGCCGCGCUACGAGAUGCUGCUCAAAGACUAUCUGAAGAAGCUUCCUCAGGAUCACAUAGACCGACGAGAUGCUGAAAAGUCUUUGGAAAUUAUUGCCAUGGCUGCCACCCACUCCAACACUGCCAUUAGGAAAUCAGAUAACCUUAAGAAAUUGCUGGAGAUUUAUGAGAUGCUGGGAGAGGAAGAGGACAUAGUGAACGCCUCAAAUGAGUUAAUAAAAGAGGGUCAUAUUCUGAAACUGGCAGCUAGAAACACUUCAGCCAUGGACAGAUAUCUCUUCCUGUUCAACAACAUGCUUCUGUACUGUGUCCCCAAGUUCAGUUUGGUGGGACAGAAGUUUACGGUGCGCACACGCAUCGGCAUUGAUGGCAUGAAGGUUACGGAGACGUUUAAUGAGGAUUACCCUCAUACCUUUCAGGUUUCUGGCAAAGAACGCACACUUGAGCUGCAAGCCAGUUCUGAACAGAAUAAAGAAGACUGGAUAAAGGCAUUCCAGGACACGAUACACAUCUUCCACCAGAAAAAUGAGACAUUUAAGUCAGCAUCCAAAGAAGUGGAGGAAGUACCAGAUCUUCAGAUAUCCGAGCUGGGGAAACGAGCCCCUCGCUGGAUACGGGACAAUGAGGUGACCAUGUGCAUGAAGUGCCGAGAGCCCUUUAACGCCAUCACACGCAGAAGACAUCAUUGUCGGGCCUGUGGAUAUGUUGUAUGCUGGAAGUGUUCGGACUACAAAGCCACUCUGGAAUAUGAAGGCAAUAAGAUGAACAAAGUGUGCAAAGACUGUUAUUCCAUACUGACAGGAAACAUAGACGGUGAGGAGAGAGAGGGCAAGAAGAAAGGAAUUCUAGAGAUUGAAGCAGCUCAGUUCUCAGGCAGUAGUAUAAUGUGUGGCUUCCUGCAGUAUUGUGAGAAGAAUAAGCCCUGGCAGAAAGUCUGGUGUGUCAUUCCUCAGAAGGAAGCUCUAGUUCUCUACUUGUAUGGAGCACCUCAGGAUGUCAAAGCCCAAUCCACAAUUCCUUUGCUUGGCUACCAGGUUGAGGACACUCCAAGACCUACAGAUCCUCCAUCUAGCUUCAGACUAUCUCAAUCCAAGUCAGUCCACAGCUUUACAGCAGAAAGUGAAGACCUGAAGCAACGCUGGCUCAAGGUGAUCCGUAUGGCGGUGAUGGGUGAGGUACCAGAGUCCCCGCCACCUGGAGAGGGCACUGUCACCGAAGUCUCCCAGGAGACCAGCUCUAAUGGCAUCUGAGCAAAGAGAAAGGAGCUCUUGUGACAGGUUUACUAAGGAUGUGGCAAUUUUGCCAACGCCAGAAAGUGUUGACAUUUUUGCUCACAUUGCACAGACUUGUUGUGCCAUCACAAACAGGAUCUAAACGUCUUGUGUGUGUGCCCUCUGCUGGUCGGUUUGAGCUAUAGCAUUUGUCCAGUUGUCCUGCUGUAACAUUCCGUUUGGAUUUGGAUGCUUACAAAACACAGGGAAAAGGACUGCAAGCACAGUCACAUUCUUUGGAUCACACUGUGUGGUGCUACUGGACAUCAGAUUGAUCAUUGCUAGACUGAUGAUUCAAGUAUGCAAAGGAAGAAGAGUACACGGUGGAAUAAACUAGAGAUCAUUUCAGACAUGCUAAGCUGACAUCACCACCCACAAUGUUUUAAGCUUAUGUAAAUAUUGUAAUAUUUGAAGAAAAGACAGGUUUGUAUGUAUAGAACAUUGAGACGGACAUCCAUUCUCUUUUUAUAAAAAGAGGUCUCAAUCUAUUAUAGACUAUAAAUUGCAUUGUUGCACACUGCUCUGGAUGCAAUAAAUACUUUCUCAUUUUA